AUGACAGGUGGAUGCAGUUUGCGGAUCACUUACUACCUGCAGCUGAGAGAUGCACCAGCUGCAAACCCUGAGGACUACAUACAGCCGCCCAGCCCCCAGGUUCCAGUAGCAUUUGACCCCCCUCCACAUGUGGAUGAUUACGACGGAUAUGAGGCGAUUACACAGAGGUUGGAGCGUGUGCUCAACCUUAGGAUAGUCACUGCAGGCACAGAGUUAUAUGACAUUAUGCAGGACUGCCUAACGAUCGCGAGAGGGGGACCCACUGCUGAUGGGACUGUCAGGACUCGUCAGAGACGCCGCACGGACCAUUGAUCAUUGUAUUUAUUUUUUGUGUUGUAGUUGACAUGAAUAUUUGUAAUUAUUACAGUUUUUUGUUUGAUAUAGUUGACGUGUUUUGCACGGUUUAU